AUGGCGUACUACACUCAACAACCGUGCGAUACGUACUUCGUGGAGGAAGCAUACCCACAGCAGAGAAACCCAGCGAUUCUCAAGAUGGAGGGACGUCGGAAACAAGAAGCAAUGGCGAACGAGCUGUCGAGACAAGCCUGUGAUACCUACAUGGAGGACAUCAUUGGUCACAUGAAAUAUAUGGAGGGCGAGACAUUACCAGAUGUCGCUUCCAUUGAUAUCCAGCAAGAAAUCCAGUGGUUCAUGAGACCGUACCUGAUCGACUUCCUCAUCGAGGCUCACGCUGCUUUCCAACUUCUCCCCGAGACCCUCUUCCUGGCCGUCAACCUUCUCGAUAGAUACUGCUCAAAGCGAGUUGUCUACAAGAGACAUUACCAAUUGGUUGGAUGUGCUGCUCUUCUGAUCGCUGCCAAGUAUGGUGACCGCAAGGAGCGCGUACCAAUGAUCAGAGAGUUGAAGUCAAUGUGCUGCAGUCUAUAUGAUGAGGAUAUGUUCACCCAGAUGGAAUGGCACGUUCUUAACACCUUGGACUGGAUGAUUGGUCACCCUACCGUCGAUACCUGGCUGCAACUCGCCUUGAAGGAUGGCCCAGCUUAUGAUGACAUCGAGGUUGAGCACAUGUCAUGGUACCUUUGCGAAAUCGCCCUUUACCACAAGGACUUCGUCUCGAGAAAACCUUCGGUCAUGGCCGACGCGUCAAUUGCCUUGGCUCGUGGUAUUCUCGGUCGCCGUGAUGUCUUGGACGACAAUGACUGUGAAGUCAGUGAGACCAUCCUCAGAUUAUCUCAGAAGCUUGACCGUCCCUCCCAAGUCCUGUUCCGCAAAUACGCCACUCCUCACAUGUCCCGCGUGUCUGCCACCCUCGACAAUUUCCUCCGUCACCAAGAAGCCAUGAACCGUCGUGCCAGCCCACCAACUCCUCCUUGUGAGAUCACCCAGAAGCCAAUCCACCCCCAAUCCCAAGAGCUUUACCCAGGCACUCCACAGAAGCCAUAUGGAAACAUGGUCAAUGGUUACAUGACUCCACCCAUCACACCAGAGGGCGAGUACUUCAUGAACGGCAACGAGAACAAGGUAUACCACCAAGCUCCGAGAUGUCCAGUCACCCCAACACCAACCGGAAACAAUCCUUACGUCCAUCAACAGCAAUACUAUCAACCACAUCAUCAAGAAAUGAUGCAUUGA